CAGAAGUAAAAAUAUGAGACGAGAAAGAUCACGUGUCAUUACGUCAGUUUACAGAAGGAAUCUGAUACCAUGUUGUAUUGUUGGUGUUGUACUGGUCUACCUACUUUAUACACGGCCAAGAAGUAAGAAAGUUAUGUAUGUACCAAGGCCAGAGGUAAAUAAUGUUAAAGAUCUUCUUUUGCUGUCAAACAUGCGUAGUGGUUCAACAUUAACUGGAGAACUGUUGAGGGAUUCGCCGGGAACAUUUUUUGUGUUCGAGCCUUUACAACCAUUGGCACCUUACCAUUAUUUUACCGAGAGUGCUGUUUGCAGAGUAAGAGAUGAAGACUGCAGUACUGAACAAGCUGGUAAACGAAUUUCGGAAGCAUUACAAAUCGUGCAUGCUAUUUUCUCGUGCAAUAUACAAGCGAUUCCAAAAGUGGUCAUGGACUUUAUACGGGACCAAAAUAAAUCAGGACCAGCUUGGUACCAGUUUAACACCUGCUUAAAGGUAACUCCACCUGAGAAAAGUAACAGUUUUCCCAAACAAUGCCUUUUAGACAUUGAAAAAGAGUGCAAACGAGCAAAAACAAGAAUUGUUAAGAUUUUGCGACUGGAUCUACUGACCGCUGAAAAAUUGUUAAGAAAUUUACCCAUCUUAAAAAUAGUAAUGUUAUUUAGAGACCCACGCGCUAUAAUGAAUUCCCGGAUUAAAACCGACUGGUUCCCCGUUCAAGAAAACAAUACGAUCGAGGCUACAAGAAAUAUAAACAGUCUAUGUAUCAAAAUGGAGAACGAUUUGAAAACCUUUAGAAACAGAGAAUUGGCAGUGUCUGAUAGAGUUAUAAUUAUGAAAACUGAAGAUUUAUUUGAUGAAAGUAUAGGAGUAUUCAAUAUAUUUGAGUUUAUAGAUAAGAAAAUCACAAAUAAGGAAUUCGAGAGAAUCGAGGCCGUCAUUAAUGGAAAACCUCUAUUUAGAGUCUGGCAAAACGAGAUAAAAACGGAAUAUCGAAAACAAACAGAAUCCAAGUGUAAAACUGUUUUAGAAUUUUAUGGAAUAAAAUAA